AGACUAAGCCUUGUAGUCUGACAAUUAAAAAUUUCAUAUUUAUAUAAUUUAUGUUAAAUAGAAAUUAAUGUAUGGAGUUAGGUUAAAAUUAAAAUAUUAGUUAUGAAAAAAAAUAUUUGCCUUCCAUUUAUUUGACAUUUGAUAUCUUUUAAUUUUUAUGAACAGUUAUUAAAUAUUUGUAUUGAAAAUGCCUCGUGGAAGUGGUUCUGGUUCUACUCAAGGAGGUGGUAAACCAAGUGAAGAUAUUGGGUGGAAGUUUGCAACACCUACAGGGAAAAAAGGAGAACUGAUUUGUAAUUUCUGUGGGAGAAAAGUCACAGGUGGAAUAACGAGAUUGAAAUUGCACUUGGCUAAUAUACCUGGUCAAAUUGCAGGUUGUCGGAAAGUUUCUUCCCAAGUUAAGAAGGAUAUGGCCGCUGUCCUGAAAGAAUACCGAUUAGCUAAAAAGGAUAAAGAAAAAAGAGAAAGAGAAUUAGAAGAAAUUAUGAAUAUAAAUAGAAUCGAAGAUGAUGAAGAGGAGGAGGAGGAGGAGGACAUCGAAAUGGAAAUGGCGAGACGGGCGAGCAUGAGACAGUUGGAAGAAGAUGAAUUUAGAAGGAGAAGUGGAUCUAGAUUUGAUGUUGGUGGUAGUUGCAGACAAAUGUUGGGUCGUUCUGCUACUACACGUGAAGGAGGUAGAGAAGCACAAAGAUAUGCAGAAGUAUCUACACCGGCAUCUCGGUUGGCUGCCACAGAAGUUGAGAUAGAGAGAAGCAGAGCUCAACAAAAGCAGCCAAAAUUAAAAAGUAAAUGGUUGAAGGCACAGAAGGAGAAAAUGUUGAAAGCAUUUGGAAAUUUUGUUAUACAUAAUAGACUUCCCUUCAGUAUUGUUGAGUCACCGUGGACAAAACCACUUUUAAGAACAGCAGCAGAAAUCGGGCCUAAUGUAUCUCCACCUAGUGCUUAUGAAAUUGCAGAAGUUUAUUUGAAAAAUGAGUACAAUGAGAUGAAAAAAUAUAUAGCCUCAUUUGAUGGAAUAUGGAAGGAGAGGGGAGUUACCAUAAUGUGUGAUGGUUGGAGUGGGCCAACACGUAUGAGUAUAGUAAAUUUCCUUGUCUACUCAAACAGAGGCACAGUGUUCCACAAGUCUGUUGAUGCAUCCAAUGUGGAGCAUAAAGAUGGAGAAUACUAUUUUAAAAUUAUGAAAGAAGUAGUGGAAGAAAUUGGCCCUCAAAAAGUUGUCCAAGUGGUAACGGACAACGAAGCUGCUAUUAAAUUAGGAGGGAAGAAACUAAUGGAGAAAUUCCCUAAUCUAUAUUGGACUGCUUGUAGUGCUCAUUGUAUUGAUUUGAUUUUGGAAGAUAUUGGAAAGAAGAAGAGUGUGAAAAAAAUAAUUGACCAAGCCAAGGUAAUUACUCAAUUUAUUUAUAAUCAUAAUUGGGUAGUCAAUUAUAUGAAGAAAUUCACGGACAAUAGAGAUAUUAUUCGACCUGGCAUCACUAGAUUUGCCACAAACUUCAUUGCUUUAGAGUCUAUUGUCCGUUAUAGGGUGGGGCUAAGGAAUAUGUUUGAAUCGGAGCAAUGGAUAAUGAGUAAAUAUGGACAAGCAACAAGUGGUCCAGCGCAUGAAGCCAAGAAAAUUGUGCUUGGCUUAGGCAACGAAGGAAGAAACUUUUGGGAGAGGGCACAACAAAUAAUGAAAGUUCAAGAACCUCUCCUGAAGGUUUUAAGAUUAGUUGAUGGAGAUGACAAGCCAACAAUGGGAUUUAUAUAUGAGGCAAUGGAGCGAGCAAAAUUGGCUAUUCAAAAAAAUUGUAGAAGCUAUUUGGAAUAUUGGAGAAUAAUUGAUCAUAGAUGGAAUUUUCAAUUGCAUCAUGACUUACAUGCCGCUGGAUAUUUUCUAAAUCCUCAAUAUCAAUAUGGCCCACAUGAUAUUGGAAAUGAUAAUGAAAUCAUGUUGGGUCUCAAAAAUGUGAUUCAACGUCUAGAGGGGGAUUUAGUAAAUCAAGGAAAAGCAUUAAAUCAAGCCCUACUUUUUCGGGACAAAAUAGAGAGUUUUGGAACAGCUUUGGCGCAAAAGGCAAUUAAGUUCACUAAUCCAGCUGAGUGGUGGAUUAAUUAUGGAGAAAGUGCUCCUGAGUUGAGAAAAAUUGCUAUUAAAGUACUGAGCCAAACAACUUCAGCUUCAAACUGCGAGAGAAAUUGGAGUACAUUUUCUCUCAUUCACACAAAGACAAGAAACAGAUUGAAGUAUCAAAAAUUACAUGCACUUGUCUUUGUGCACUACAACAUGAGGCUGAAAAUCAGAAAUGUGACAAGAAAGAGCCAACAGGAGUUAGACAGGAGCUACGAUCCAAUUAAUUUGGAUUAUAUUUUUGAAGAAGAUGAUCCGUUAAACUCUUGGUUGGAGGAAAGGGAAUCUCCAUUGCUUGAUGGGCAACCAAAUCCAUGGUUAGAUGAUGAAGAGGCGGGUAAUGCUCCAUCACAGUCUGAAUCUGCCACUCAAACUCAAGGACAACAAGGUACUGCUGGUGAUGAUGAUUCUUUUAUUUUAUCCAGCUCUAGUAGUGAUGAUGAUGAUGGUGGAGGUGAUCAAGGUGGAGGAGGAACCACAGUUGAAGGAGGUGGUAGCCGUAGUUCACAAGAUCCACCUAGUCAAAGACAAAGUGGAAUUAGAAUUGCUUCUGAACCAUCUCCGAUGCGUACAUAUCAAAGAUCACGAGGCUCUCAUAGUUCUAGUACUGGUGGUGCUGAAACAUCCCAAACAAGAGGUAAGGAUGUUGCAUAUGAGGAGGAGGGGUCAAUUGAUUCAUUAAAUUAUGGAUACAACGCUGGCACGCAUAAUCCAAAUUUUAUGUAUGGUGGUGGACCUGGUGGUAGCUCAUCAUCUGAAGAUACUUCAUCAAAUUAUGGGUUCCAUGGCCAAUUUAGAGGGGUGCCAUAUCCAACAAAUUAUCCUCCUGCAUAUUCAUAUUACCCCUUAUCAGGAGCAGAGUCAGCUUUAUCAUACCCUCAGCCAACUUAUGGUGAUCCUAAUGAUAUUAUGGGUGGUGGUUCUUUAUUCAGUUUUGAUCCACAACAAUACUAUCAACAUCAGCAGCAUCACCUUAAUGAUCAAAGCUCAGAGAGCCAAAGUCAAGACCAACAAGAACCUGCACGACGUUCUUUUUGGUGGUAGUGAGGUUGGUAAUUUCCUAUAUGGCAUUUAAUUUAAGCUAAAUAGUAAUAUAUUUGAUAUAUUUAUGUUUAUUAUAUAUUUGUAUACAUUGUUCUGAAUUAAAUCUAUUGAUAUCAUAUCAUUUUAUGAACUUUGCAAAUUGAUUUGAAAAAUUUGCGUAGCGCCAGGCCGUUACCGUUACGGCUGUUACAGACCUGUUUCCGUUAUCCGCGACCGCGGCCGCGAUCGCGAUUUAAAACCAUGGUUCACAAGCCUAUUCGCGAGCCUGCUCAUGAACUCAGAAACGAGCCGAGUUCACAAGCCUUAACGAGCCGAGUUCACGAGCCUUAACGAGCUGAGUUCACGAGCCUUAACGAGCCGAGUUCACGAGCCUUAACGAGCCGAGUUCACGAGCCUUA